UUCCGUUUUCUGCUCGGCUCCCACCCGCUCCGCCAUCAUCCUGAACAAUAAAGAGGAUUAAAAUAAAACCAAGACAACUAUCAUGUCUGACAGCAGCCUCAGACUAAUCCAGUGAUAUUAUAUACGGUGAUUAAGUAUGAGAGAGGCGGAAUAUGAUCAUGAUGAUGAUACGCGGUACAGUGUCGUUUUGUUCACUGACAAUCAGCUGAUGUUCAUCUGGAGCUGAAAGAGAGAGUCGCACUUAUGAUCCUUUACUCAAACAUCUAACAUUUUAUCUGCACAUUCAGCGAUAAAUAUAUGGCUUGAUGCUCAAAUGAAGAUUGUUUGUGUGGACUGAAGAAAGGAGCAGCGUUUUAUUUUCACCAGGCCGGACACUGAGCUAGCUUUAGCCUUUAGCUUUAGUUAGCUACAGCGGAGACACCACGGCGCUGGCCAUGCCAUCGAGUGUGCGGGCCGGGAGUCUGAAGGACCCGGAGGUGGCUGAGCUCUUCUUCAGGGAGGAUCCAGAGAAACUCUUCACAGACCUCCGGGAGAUUGGCCAUGGCAGCUUUGGUGCCGUCUAUUUUGCCCAUGACAUCCGUACCAAUGAAGUGGUGGCCAUUAAGAAGAUGUCGUACAGCGGCAAGCAGUCGAACGAGAAGUGGCAGGAUAUCAUCAAAGAAGUGAAGUUCCUUCAGAAGCUGCGGCACCCCAACACCGUGGAGUACAAAGGCUGCUACUUGCGAGAGCACACAGCAUGGCUGGUGAUGGAGUAUUGUUUAGGUUCAGCCUCUGAUCUGAUAGAAGUACACAAGAAGCCACUGCAGGAAGUAGAGAUUGCGGCGAUUAUUCAUGGUGCUCUGCAAGGCCUGGUGUACCUCCACUCCCACAACAUGAUUCACAGAGAUGUGAAGGCUGGAAAUAUCUUGCUGACGGAGCCAGGGCAGGUGAAAUUGGGAGAUUUUGGCUCUGCCUCCAUCGUGGCACCUGCCAAUUCGUUUGUAGGCACACCAUACUGGAUGGCACCUGAGGUGAUCUUGGCCAUGGAUGAGGGGCAGUAUGAUGGGAAAGUGGAUGUGUGGUCACUCGGCAUCACCUGUAUAGAGCUGGCGGAAAGAAAACCUCCCUUAUUCAACAUGAAUGCUAUGAGUGCCUUAUACCACAUCGCUCAGAAUGAAAGCCCAGUCCUGCAGUCUAAUCACUGGUCGGAUUAUUUCCGAAAUUUUGUGGACUCCUGUCUACAGAAGAUUGCCCAGGACAGACCUACCUCUGAUGUGCUGCUCAAGCAUCAUUUCCUGUGUCGUGAGCGUCCUCUAACUGUGGUGAUGGAUUUGAUUGCACGCACUAAAGAUGCUGUGCGAGAGCUGGACAACCUACAGUACCGCAAAAUGAAGAAGAUACUUUUCCAGGAAACGCACAAUGGUCCUGCUGCAGAGGGCACUGAGGAGGAGGAGGAUGUGGAGCAGUACAUGCUGCGUACAGGCACGGUGAACAGCAUGGAGAGCUCACACUCAUUGCCCUCCAUGUCAAUCAGCGCCAGCUCACAGAGUUCUUCAGUGAACAGCCUAGCUGAUGGCUCAGAUGACAGUGGUGAGAUGGCCAUGAUGCAGGAGGGAGAGCACACGGUCACCUCCAACAGCUCCGUAUUGCACAAACCACUGAGCCACGAUAACAUCUACGAUGAGCCUUACCAGCCCGAGGUGGACUCUCAACAGCAGGGUCCAUCCGGAGGAGGAGGAGGAGGCGGUGGAGGAGGGAGGCGCCGUCGAGGCCGUGAUCACUUUGCCACCAUCCGUACGGCCUCAUUGGUGACACGGCAGAUCCAGGAGCAUGAGCAGGGUUCGGCGCUCAGAGAGCAAAUGACUGGUUACAAGCGUAUGCGCCGGCAGCACCAGAAGCAGCUGAUGGCCCUGGAGAACAAGCUGAAGUCUGAGAUGGAUGAGCAUCAGCUGCGGUUGGACAAAGAGCUUGAGACACAGAGGAACAACUUCAGCAGUGAGAGUGACAAGCUCAGCAAGAAGCACCAGGCCAUACUGGAGAAAGAGUGUAAGAAUGCUGCAGCAGAGGAAAAGAAGUUCCAACAGCACAUCUUAACUCAGCAGAAGAAAGAGCUUACUACUCUACUUGAGUCUCAGAAACGCCAGUACAGACAACGCAAAGAGCAGCUCAAGGAGGAGUUGAAUGAGAACCAAUCCACACCAAAGCGAGAGAAGCAGGAGUGGCUGGUGCAGCAGAAGGAGUGUCUGCAGCAGCACCAGGCUGAGGAAGAGGCAGGCUUGCUGCGACGCCAGAGGCAGUAUUAUGAGCUGCAGGGCCGCCAGUACAAGAGGAAGAUGCUGCUGGCACGGCAUAACAUGGAGCAGGACCUACUCAGAGAGGACCUGAAUAAGAAACAGACCCUGAAGGACCUGGAGUGUGCAAUGCUGCUGCGGCACCACGAGACCACACAGGAGCUAGAGAUGCGUCAACUGAGUCUGGUUCAGAGAACGCGGGCAGAUCUGAUUCGCACGCAGCAUCAGAGCGAACUCACCAACCAGCUCGAAUACAAUAAGCGGCGUGAACAGGAGCUGCGCCAGAAACAUGCUGUUGAAGUCCGCCAACAGCCAAAGAGCCUCAGAGUGAGUGAGCGUGACAGCACGGAGAGCAGUGGGAGGGGUCCCAACAGAUUUGGGGUUGGGAUUGAGAAUUCAUGCAGUGAGCUGGUACAGGAACAGGCAGAAGAGGCUUUUGAGGGAGUUGAUGGGGAAGAUGACAUGAGCGUGUUCUGUGGAGAGAGCACUCCCUUGGAAAAUGGUGCACAAGUGGCAGAGGUUGUAAAAGAUGAUGAAACUGUGGAAAGUGGGAGAGUAUGUUUAGGUGGAGGGAGGAGUGAUCAAGAAAGGUAUUUGCAGCCUUUAGAUGCACAUGGCAGAGAGAAAGAGGCUGAUGGAGAGACAGAAGAGGAGAUUAUGCUCUUUGCGUAUACCAAAGAAGAAAGUGUAGAUGAGCAGAAGAAGUGCCAUGGAUUAGAGGGAGAAAGUAAAGAAUGGCAGUUGGAGGAGAGAGUGGAGGACAAAGAUUUAGGGGACCAAAGACUAGUAGAAGGUAUACAGUGGGAUAAGGAGGAUGAUGCAAGCAGUGUGACAGAGAUAGAGACUGAGGAAGAGGGAGAAGAGGGUAGAGGCGUGGCUGAUGGCUGUCCGUCAGAGUUUAUCCAUUCCUCUUCUCUUGAAAUCCCUCAAAGAGAUGAGCUCACUGAAUUCUACUUCCCUGACACUCUAGAGGAACUGGAACCUCCUCCUAUCUGCCCACCUCCCAGCUCCUCCAUUUCUCAACCAUCCAUCCCUUCACUCUUUUCUCACACAAUAUGUCUUGUCCUCUCCCUCUCUGCAGCAGCCAAACCAUCCUUCCCAACCCUCCUCUUUCUCUCCAUUUUCCUUCUCUCCCUUCGCCGUUCUCCUCCUCUUCCUUCUCUUGCAUCCCUGGUUGUUUCUGCUGAGCUGGCUUUCCUGGCUCUCUUUUUCUCAUAUCUGUUCCUUCGCUCACUCUGGUCACUCUCUCUUUCCGCAUACUUCUCACUUGUGCUCUGGGCAUCGGGUUUGUUCAGCAUGAGCCUAGCACUGAGUCUGGGUCUCUAUUACGUUCCUUUGGCCUUGAUCUCGGCUUUCUUCCUCAGCUCGCCCUCACUCUUCCUUUCUCUCUAUCUGGUGCUGGUGCUGGUGGUGCGUCCAGCACGCAUAUUUCUCCAGAACAUGCCCCGGAAACUUGCCCGAUUCUGGGUGCGUCUGCUCUUCCGUCUACCAAAGCCACUGUUCACUUUGUGCCAGUCUCUCACAGGUGGGAUGGCUGAGCGCAGCUUCUUUGAUAUGUUCCCCAAAGCAGGACGUAAUUGUGGUGCUAGACACUCCCGUAUACCUAUGCCUGCCCGGAGCCUACCAAUCAAGCUCCAGGCCAAGCAUGAGUCUUGGGUUUACGUUUGGGUCAAGCGAUUUGCUCGGCGUCCGUUGGGCGUUGUAGCAGAUCUGGCUAAUUCGCUAGUGCUGAGAUUAGCAAACCAUAUACUUAAAAAGCUCCCCCCACAUUACCUGAGCAGACUAAGGGCUUUAGGGCUUUUAAGGGAGGAAAAGCAGAGUAGGCUGCCUAGACUCCUACCGCGUGAGGUGAGGGAACAGAACCGCAGGAUGAGGGAAAGAAGAGAGAGGGAGCGACGAAGAAGGGAGCUGGAGAUGAGACACAGAGUGGAAGGGAGGUGGGAGUGUGGACUGAGGAGGACGUCCUCAGGAAGGAGCACAAGGGGAAAGAUUGUGCCAUGGAGGUAGAUAGAAAACAUGCCAAUUGCAUUUACCAAUAGAGUAAACAAAGGAAUUGCCAAAGUAUUUGCCGUAUGUGAGAGUGAUUGUUCAUUCAUGCUGAGCAUUCUUAUGUAUUUUUUUUACCACACAAUUUUGCAUGUUUAAAUUGAGCCUCAUGUGCCUUUAAAUCACCCCAUUAUCCACCCCAUUGUCUGUCCACCUCCAAUAUUCACUGUCCAUCAGUCAGUGAAUAUAUAAAGUAUUAAUCAAUAUUGUGCUUUUUGUAAAAGUUUUAUUACUGUCUUAAUUUUAAUCAUUGAAUUAUUUUUUUUGUUCUUAAUUACUAAGAAGUAUGUCUUAUGGUUAUUAUUUUAUGACUAUGUUUGUGCAAUUUGUUUUCCACCCUUCCCUUUUGUAUUUGUGUGCUUGUGAAGGGUUUCCAAAAAGCUAGCAUUACAUUUCAAAAGGGCAGUCAGAGAACGAUUUUUGAAGCCUAAACUUAUUAAGAUGAAGAUGUCACUGUAGAACCCAAUGUGAAAGCUGUACUGUUGUUUUAAUAUUUUACACUAUGGAGCACUAACGCCACCCCCUUUUCAAUUUCCCCUAAAGCCCCCAGCACUACCACCCCAACCAUAGAGAAAAAAAAAACACUAGGAAUUUUGAUAGCUAUAAUUGCUUUCAUGUUCAUGGCCCUUCACUUCUCAAGAUAUUUAACUUACAAGAAAGAGGUUCAAAUAAGAUUUAAAUGGGGCUUGUAAAGAAAUCAGCAGUUGCAUGUUAGUUUAGUGAUGCUGGUUCAAAACUUUUGAACCAUUAACCUGUUUGAAAGCCCAUGCAGCACAGAUCUCAGAGAAAUGUUCUAUAACUCUCAGCCUAUAGUGUUCUACUACUUAGAAAUGAAAGUGCCUUCUGGUUGAUUUGAGUACUGGGCUACUUAGUGAAGAUGGUUAUUUUAUUUUAAGGUGUUAUUGUGCUUUAUGGCAAUAUGUUUAACGGUUUACCAUGUAUUGAGAUGGACUGGUGUCCCGUCCAGGGUGUAUUUCCGCCUCGCCUUGAGGAUAGACUCCAGAUUCACUGCAUCCAUGACCAGGAUAAACAGUUAUUGAAGAUGACUGUAUGAAUAAUUUACCAUGAUAACAUUUUAGUCAUAUACUUUUAUAUGAAGACAAAACAUUUACUGUCAAACAGCAGAUAUCCUACAAAUAUCCGAGUAUUUCAUCAUUUGUUUAGCUGUGGAUCCUUACCUAAGGAUAAGCCAUUAUGGCAGUUCUAUAGGGCGAAAUGAUAAAUCAUACCAAAGAUCUUUAAGCCAUAAAAUCUAUAAAAGAAAUGACAGUUUAUUACUGGAUAAAGAGAUCUUGCACUGUUACAAUCUUAAAUGGUGUCAAUAUUAAAUGAAACUUGAAAAAAAAGAAUUUUAUUUAUUUAGAAAUGACGGAAUGACCCAACAUAUAGUAAAACAGUAGAUACAAAUAAAGAAAGUCAAUUUGUUUUUUUUGUUUUUUUUAAACAAAUUUUAAAUGAUGCUACAUGGAAGCAAAUCUGACCAAAUGUGAAACAUUAUUUUUGGAAACCACAGUCAGUUCAGCCAUAACAGUUGUUUGUGAAUGUAUUUUCUGUGAACAUUUCAUCUUUUUGUUUUGUUUACACAUGUUCUGUUUUGUCUGUUCUUUGAAUCAGCAGUUAUUUAACUAAUAUAUUUGUGCCUUUAUUAUUAUUUUUAUUAUUUUUUUUAAUUUUUUUUUUUUUUUUACUGUGUCAAGCAACUUGUGUUUCAGGGCCAUUUUGUGUGUUACAUCCUCACUGUGUGAAUGAAUGGAUGUUCACUGUAUUUAAAUAUAGUUUCUUUGUCAAAUAAAUUUUUUUCUGUUGAAAUCA